UCCAGGUCUCCCAGUAGUGCUGUGUUGUUUCCCCAGCGUGGAAGGCAUUCAGUCUCCUGGAGUUUUAAUAAAACACCAUUUCUUGAGCACUUUGGAGGAAUUUCAAGAUGAAGGAGUCACAUCCUGUAGAGAAUCUGUAUAACCUCAUCCCCAAGGAGAAGGUGGACGUGGUCAAACCACCCAGGUAUAUUUCAACAUUCAGCGAAUCGGUGAAAACUGAAGAGCAGAAGAAAAAAGAUGCAUGCAGGACCAUGGGACCGGCCAAAGUUAAAGUUCCCUCUCCAAAAGAAUAUUUACAAAAGCAUACACAUGAAGUAACAAUAUCCCAAAAAAGUGCUUUCCUCAAUUCUGCAGAUAAAAUCCCCCGAUGUCUUGAUGAAGGGAAAAAACGCCCCCCAGUCCCUCUGCACACAGAACAUCCACCCAUGGGUGUUUACUCCAACAAGAGCUUCAUCAAAACAAAUGUAGCCGAAGCCGUCAUGGCUGUGCCGAAGAAACCACAACCUAUGUUGGUAGACACUAAAAAAGGGGAUAAACUGCUCCUCGAAACUUCGGGACUUGUUCCCAAAUACAUCAAGAAGAAGGAUUAUGGAUCUACUCCUGAAUACUUAGUGAAACUAAAUGAAGAAGUAAUGAGAGCUCAGGAAGAGUAUGACGCUUACGUGAAACAGCGUAUUAAAAUGGGUGCUAUGAAAGAAAUCUCUGAUGAAGAAAGGCAGAUUGUACUUCAGGGCCUCAAGAAAAAUUGGGAAGAGUUGAACCACGAUUAUCAAGGUCUUUCUGUUGUGAUUGAUACACCUGCUAAAAAAGCCUACAAAGAACGGCUUGAAAAAGAAUUGACAAAAUUAGAACGAGACAUUCAAGCAAUGGAGAAACACAAGGUUAUCUACAUUGCAAACAAUUAACAACCGUUCAGGAUGGCCGUCAAUCUGCAACCAGUCAACAUUGCUUCGCUAAUAAAUUAUUGACAUUUA